AUGACUGAUCCUAAUGAACCCACGAAAGAUCGAGAAAAAUCUAUUGCAAACAACGAAGAACACGAACACGAAGAACAUGAAGAGUAUGACACCGCUGAUGUAGGUGGUGGUGGUGAUUCUGAUAAUCAAACUCUCGAGCAAAUGGACCCAAUUAGAGCUAGAAAAAGAAUAAGAUCCAAAGUUGAUAUUCCAGAGGAUCGGUACUAUGAGCAGGAAGACAGUUCCUUUGAUGGCGACAUAAGCGCAAUAACGGAUGCUCUCCUCUCAAAGAUGAUCGAGAAAGUAAUUUCGAAAAAGCGCUCCAUAGAGGAAAAGAUAGACAGGUUGCAUCGAGGCGCAAGAGCUCCUUUCAAACUGAAUAUCAGAGAAUUCCGGCCGCCAAUGAAUUUUCAAGUUCCCAAGCUGCCAGAAUUUGAUGAGAAAACAGAUGAUCCAAAUAAGCAUGUUUUACACUAUGAAACUGCCAUGACUCCGUGGCAGUACAACGAUGAGUUGAUGUGCAAGAUGUUUCCACAGUCACUGACUGGUGGAGCAAUAACGUGGUUCAAUCAGCUCCCGUCACAGUCGAUCGGGACUUACCAUAAGCUGGUUGACAAGUUCUGCUCUCACUACAAAUACAACAGACGUGAUCGGAAGGGAUGCCACGCAUUGUUCCUUCUAGGAAUUCGGAAGGAGAAAAGUAUCAGACAGUUUACUCGACGCUUCAAGCAAGAGUUGGCCGAUGUGGUUGGUGCCAACGAUCAAGUCGUCAUCGUAUCUUACAAACAGGCAUACCAGUAUGAUCAGAGAGGUGUAUACGGUUCCUUGGUCAAGAGACCACCAAAGACUCUGGAAGAACUGUAUGAUCAAGCAGAAGAAUACGCUCGAGUAGAGGAUGAUUCCAAAGCUCGAGAGACAAGAGAAGUUAACAAGUCAUCCAAUCAUCCAAAUGAUGGGAAGAAAGACAAGUCAAAGAACCGUUCGAGUGGACAGCAUAACGAUCAAGGUGGAGUUCGAGAGAAAAACCAAGGGGAACGAAUGGAAACCGGAUAUCAGAAAUAUCAUGAUAUGAAGCUGAUACCGUUGAACAUACGGAUUACAGAGUUGUAUGAGGAAAUAAGCAAGGAUUUGAGACCCCCUCGGCCUUUGCCAGCGGAGACACGUGAUAAACGUGAUAAGAGCAAAUACUAUCGAAGUCCAGCGAAUGAUAGAGCUGGAAAGCUACAAGAGUACGUGAAAAAGAAUUUUGGGAAAGGUUCGGGACAAUUUGGCGCAACACAUGUGAUUAAUGUCAGUCAUUCCAUGAUCCAUUCAAUGACCAGACGGGCAUCGGAAGAUGAGACUAGGAUGAAACUCAGGCAGUUAAAGGAAUGGUACGUGACAAAUCACAUUGAUUUUGUCAGUGGAAAUGAAGCAGAAAUUCUGGAGCUUGAAUGCAAAAAGAUCGAGUUUUCUGAAGAAGACAUGAUAGGCGUAUAUGCUCCCCACAAUGAUGAUAUUUUUAUAACAGCUUGGAUUGGCAUGUUCCGUGUACACCGUAUUCUAGUGGAUACAGGAAGCUCAGUGAGUUUUCAGAAGUCUAUUCCAGUAUGA